AGAUUCAUAUUAAAGAUGACACACCUUUUGUGAGAUGAUGAGAAGAUCUCUGCCUCUCGCUCUCGGUGACAAUGGAAAGCUCGUCGAAGGAAGCGACGGCUUGUGAUGGAGAUACGGCGAGCGGUGGCGCCUCACCGACUAACGACGGCAGUCUCUUCUCGGAGGGCGAGCGUGUUCUCGCUUACCAUGGUCCUCGCGUCUACGGAGCCAAGGUUCAAAAAGUGGAGCUUCGCAAAAAGGAGUGGAAGUACUUCGUUCAUUAUCUUGGUUGGAACAAAAAUUGGGAUGAAUGGGUUAGCACUGAUAGAUUGUUGAAACAUACCGAGGAGAAUCUUGUGAAACAGAAAGCUCUGGAAAAAAAGCAAGGAACAGAAAAGGGUAGCAAGUCUGGGCGUUCGGCUCAGACUAGAACUAGAAGCUCUGCGGACACAAAGGCUGAUAAAGAUGAUACCAAGACCAAUUCUGCAAGAGGAAAGAAGCGAAAGAACGAGGCAGGCAAUGAGAAGGAAAACGUAUCGUCAGAAAAGUUAAUGAAGAUCCAAAUGCCCGCAACACUUAAGAAGCAGCUCACUGACGACUGGGAGUACAUUGUGCAGAUGGAUAAGGUUGUGAAACUUCCGCGCUCACCUAAUGUUGAUGAGAUAUUGACCAAGUAUCUUGAAUUCAAAACCAAGAAGGAUGGAAUGAAAACAGAUUCAGUCGCUGAAAUUUUGAAAGGCAUAAGGAGUUAUUUCGAUAAGGCCUUACCAGUGAUGCUCUUAUAUAAGAAAGAGCGACGACAAUACCAAGAAGGAAUUGUGGAUGAUAUUUCACCUUCAACUGUGUAUGGCGCCGAGCAUUUGCUUCGUCUCUUUGUGAAAUUGCCGGAGCUUCUUUCAUAUGUAAGCAUGGAAGAAGAAACAUGGAGUCGUAUGCAACAAACAUUAUCAGACUUCCUUAAGUUUGUUCAUAAGAAUCAGAGUACCUUCUUGCUACCAACAGCAUAUGAUUCUGAUAAGUUGGCAGAUAGUAAAGGCAAAGGAAAAGACGACUGAGAGCUGCAGAAAGAAAAAAUAUGUCUGUAUGGAGAUGUUGUAAUUUUAUAAAUACCUUCAUUUUUCUGAUGAACACACAAUUGUAACAUUUUUCUGAGAUCUGUUGCCGAAUAUGAACAUCUUUAUAGGCCGUUCAAGUGAACAAUUUGGUUUGUGUUU